ACUUUCUGCGGUCUCCGCUGUCGCUUCCUCGUCGCUUCCGCUACGAAAAAAAACCGUGUGGAGGCCAAGCGCCCGACCAAAUACGCCGCUCUGCAGCCGCCACCUAUCGGCCCUGCUUUGACCACUCCGGCGAGAUAUGGCCUCCUCGUCGUGGUGUCUUUCAUCGGGCGCGUCGCUUUCUCGGCCUCCGCAACAGGCGCAGGCGGUGGCUCUGGGCCUGGGCGGACGAUGCGGGCGCGCCCUUUUGCCGACAAGGAAAAUCCGAGGAAGGAUUCACGGUGUUGUCUGCAUGUCCCCACAAGAAGAGAGGAAAACCCGUCGCUCGCCUCUCGAUUUCCCAAUCGAGUGGGAGAGGCCCAAGGCUCCCAGGAGACCAGAUAUAUUUCCACAAUUCAGCCCAAUGAAGACUCCAUUGCCACAUCCACUGCCAGAAGACCCUCCUGAAGAGGAUGAGGAAGAGGAGGAAGAACAGCAGCAAGAAGGAGAAGAAAAUCCAGAAGAGGAGGAUGCAGAAAACCCAGAUCAGUCUGGAAUGCAACAUUAGUGAUGUUCUUGGGCACUGGUAUCCAUAUUGAUGAAUGUUUGAUUUGUUUCUUUGGGGAGGGAAAUUCUAACUGAUACAAGACAGUUGGAUGCGUCGACUCGACAAUGGCUAGGAGAAUGCAGUUGUAGUUUUGGCCUCUGGUAUUAUACAAAAUUUAGUAGCUGUUAUUCAAUCCUAUGGUUAUUAAUAACAUGUAUUUUCGCAUCAACAUAUUGAGCUGACAAUUUAUUUAUCCUGAUACUAGAAAUUACAAACACAUACAGAUUGUGGAA